AUGUCCUCCGCCGAUGCAUUGAUCUGCUCUAACAACAGCUGCUGUUUGCAUCUCCAGCUUCCGGGAACAAAAGUCCGGUAUCGUGGUCACGAGCCGACGGUCAUGGUGUUCGAUUCUUCUGUUAUAUUCCUGGUCGCAGCAGGUGGUAUUUUAAGAGUUGCGACACCAACAACAGUGACACUUCACCUCUGCAAAGCUCCUCGUCCAGUUACCAUUCAUCGCGUCGCGAUGGGCCAGGCGUCGUGACCGUCGGCUGGCCGACUUACCGUACAGUCGCGAUUGCUUCACCGCUUAUCUGCAGCAUCACUGGAAGAGGGUGUCGAACGAGAUCUUCUUCGCCGCCCUUUCUCUUUCUGUGAGGUCGAGAUUUGCGUGACAAGCGCGGUUGAUGUACCAAAGAAUUAUCAGUCGCAUUUUAUGCUCUUUCUCUUUGAGCAUUAAAUUGGCGAAAAUACAAAAUCACCGAGCUUGGCUUGGUCACGACGAAGGUUCGAGCAGUCGAAUCUCGUUAUGCGCACAAAGCGACGUACCAGAUCCGGCUUAGCUUUAGGCUUAGGCUUAGGUUUAGUUUAGCUUAGGCUUAGGUUAGUGCUUAGGCUUGUGUUUAGGCUUAGCUUAGCUUAGGCUUAGGCUUAGGCUGGUUUAGGCUUAGCUUAGUUUGCUUAGGCUAGUUUAGCUUAGGUUUGUGCUUUAGGCUUUAGCUUGUUUAGCUUAGGCUUGCCAGGCUUAGCUUAGCUUAGGCUUGCUUAGUUUAGCUUAGGCUUAGGCUUGUGCUUAGGCUUAGGCUUGUUUAGGCUUUAGUUUGGCUAGCUUAGGCUUAGGCUUGAGCCUGCUUCAGGCUUGUGCCUCAGGCCUAGCCUGCAGCGCCUAAGCCUGGCUUCCAAGCCUGCCCUAAGCCUGGCUUCCAAGCGGCUUCAGGCUUAAGCCCAGCCUGCCCAAGCCUAAGCCUAAGCCUAAGCCUGCCUCCAAGCCUCAAGCCUAA